AAGGUUUUUUUUUCACACAAAAAUAAAAAGUUGCAACAUUAAUUUUUAAGGGAUUUAUUCAUUAACAACCGCAAAUGUCAUCGAGACUGUACAGGCCCAUUGUCGACACGGCGGCAGACUCGCAGCAGAACACAGCAGCUGCCAACGGCAGGUACGACAUGCCGGCAGAGUAUCCGAGAAACGGGCGCAACCAGGGCUACCGUGGCGAACAGCAGGGCCUCUACGAAAGCGAGCGCGGCCAGAACCACUACGACGAUGGCUGCGGUUACGGCUGCGGCUACGAGAGCGAAGGCGCGCCGGACGAGCAGCUGUCGGCAACAGUACACGACCUUUACGAGGACAGCGCGCCAGCAGAGGCACAGCGCAUGUGGAAUGGCGGGUAUUCGGACUGCAGAUACCCGCAGAACACACAGCAGCAGCAGAGUCGCCCUUAUCGCCGGGACAGCGGCCAGGGUCAUUCCGGCUACUGUGGCGAUGGCCAGAACCAGAGAACCAGAGCCAGAGCCAGAGCCAGAGCCAGAGCCAGAGCCAGGCGUACAUCCGCAGCCUCGAGCAGAACGCUGGCAUGGAUCGUGGCGGAUGCCAGCGUGCACAGCACCAGCGGGUACGGCAUGUACGAGCCCCGGGCGGCGGGGCCGAGCGCAGCCGAUGGGCUGGGGCGGCAGGCGCAGACGGUCGAGUGCCCAUGGUGCCACGCGGUGGUGACGACACGCAUCAAGCGGCGCAUCGGCUUCAAGGCCGGCGGCGCGGCCGUGCUGGUGGCGGCCAUCGCGUGGCCGCUGUUCUGGGUGCCGCUGGUGGUGCCGGGGCUGCACCGCAAGACGCACUACUGCCCGCAGUGCCGCCGCAAGAUCGGGCGUGGGCGGCGGAGUGGAGUGUUUUAGUGUUUUGCGCGAGAAAGUAAAGUA